UAUAAACAAUAUGGCCGAAAAUUUUUGACAGUUAACAAUUUUUAUCAACAAUCUUUAAAAAAAUGCCCGAUAAUCUCUGGUUUUCUUGAAAGUAACUUUCAUUGAUUAGGUAUUCCUUUCAAUUAGGAAAUGGGAUCUCACGAAAUAUCAUUUUUACGGGAUCAAGUUCAAAGACUCAAUGCAGAAUUAGCAAAAUACCAGAGAAAAUAUAAAACAUCAUUAGACCAGUCUUUCACUGAAAAGUCAACUUCGACACCAUGGCUGGCAGACCAAAGUAUCUUAUCUCCUUUACUUGAGGAAUAUGACCAAAUUAUAAAAGAACUUCAAGAUGAAAAUACAUUAUUUAAGAAUGAACUUAGAGAAUUAAAAGGAAAAGCAGAGGAUUUAGUUGAAGAAAAUGAUAGACUUGUAAGAGAAUUAAAAGAGACAUUACAGAAUCAAUUAUCCAGUAAUGAAUUAAAUCAUGUAACAGUUGAUGGACAACCAGACAGUGAUCAAUUAUUAAUUAAUCUACAACAACAAUUACAAUUAGCAAUACAGGAAAAAGAUUUAGCAGAAGAAAGAUGGAGAGGAGCGAGUCGGGAAAUAGACAGAUUAGAAAGAUCUUUAGAGUUAGAAAAAGAAAGUCAUCAAUGGAGAGUGGUAGAACAACAAGCUAAUCAGGUUAAACAUCAGUAUCAUCAGACGGCAUCUGACUUUAAUACAGAAGUAGAAACUUUACAAGCAGAAUUACGACAAACUCGGGCUGAAUUAACAUCAUCUAGUCUACAAGUUACAGAACUAAGACGAACGGUAGCAGAAUUACAACAACAAUUAACAUGGAAGGAUCAAGAAACAGCUGAUGCCAUAUUUAAAGAAGGUGUUUCAGAUGGUCAAACUAGUAAACUUAAAAUAGCCAUUGAUGAUUUGAGACAAAAACUAUCAGUAGCAACUAAAAAAUGUGAACAAUUACAACAAGAUAAAGAAAUAUUAGAAAAUAGAGCUGGUGAAUUACAAAACCGAUUACUAUGUACAGAUGAUAAAGAACAUGAUGCUGUUAUGAAAGUUAGAGAUGCUAUACAAAUGGCUGAAAAUGCUAUACUAGAAAAAGACCAGGCUGAGAUAUUGUGUGGUCAGAAAGAUGAAGAAUUAGAACAGUUACAAGAAGUCGUUAAUAAAUUAAUUAAUGAAGCUGGGGUUAGAACUAGACAAGAAGUCGAUCUGGUACGUAAACAAAGUAACGAUAGAAUUAGUAAAUUAACAGAAGAACUACACACAAUGGAAAUGGAUAAUGCUGAAAAACAAUCUCAACUAGAUAGAUUAAUACGAGAAAAGAGAUCAGUAGAAUCUGAGUUAGAAAAGAUCUAUAAAGAAGGUGUGGUCCAGGGUUCUAAAGAAAAUAUGUCAUAUCAAGAUUUAAAUCAGAGAGCUAUUACCGCUGAGAGAGCUAAACAUGAUGCCGAGUUAAAACUAGAUUCAUUACAGACUACUUUAAAACGGGAAAAAUUAAAUUCUGAACAGUUGAAAUCACAAAUGGAAGUCCAAUUCACUCAAUUAAAAGACAGAAUGGUUGCCAUGGAAAUGGAUCUACAAACUAGUAAUGAAGAGUGUUUAAAAUAUCAAGAUGAAAUAGAUGAUUUAAAGAAGAAAGUCCAGUCAGCCAUUCAAGAGAAAGAGAGUGCUCAAAGAAAAUAUUAUAAAGAGUUAGCAAUUAUUGACCAAGAAAAGCAGAUGAAAAUAAGAGAUUAUGAGGUCAAAGUUCAAUCCACAGAGGACACAAAUCGGCAUGCCAUGUCAGAACUACGCAAAAUUUUGACAGCACAGCAAAGAAUGGCAGCUAGAUGGAAGGAAGAAUGUCAAACUAUUACUAAAAAGUUUGAAACAAAAAUACAAGAUUUACGUGAAGAUUUGAAUCAUAAACAGAAGAGAAAUGAAGAAAUUACAGCAUUACUGAGAGAAAGUCAAGACAAAACAACAGAUGCAGGAAAAACAUUAGCUGAAGCUACUAGAAAUAUUAGACGUAUGGAAGAAAGAAUUAGAGAAAGUGAAAUGAGAGCAUCAGAUGCAACAAAAAAGCUGGCACGGUUGACCGUGAAAUUUCGACAAAUGGAAAGUGAAAGACAAAGUUUAUUACAAGAAUUAUCACGGAGUCAGAAAGAAUUAUCCCGUUCUACUAAGGGUGCAUCUUUCAAUAAUUCAGUAGAAUUUGUGUCCAGUCAUCGGUCAAGUAAUGGACAUGUGAAUGGUGUAUCUAAGGAUGUUGGUCAGUUAGGUUUAGAAGAUCUACAGUCAGAAAGAUGAUAAUUACUCAUAAUCUACGUACUCCAUUCUAUUCCAUUAUACAUUUAUGUCAAAUCUGAUUAAAACACAGAUCCUAUUUCAUCUUGUUUUUAUAGUUCAAUAUUUCAUUUUACUUGUCUUUACAACACACAUCUGGAAGAGUUGUUAUAUAACCUGCAUUCUGGAUGAUGUGAGGGAUUAGCCAAUGAAACGAUCUAUUACAGCGAGUUUUUGGUGUGCGAUGGACGGAACUGUGGGUAAACCACUAGAAACAUCAACGCUGGUUGAUUAAUCAAUGUCUGACGUUAUAGGGUCAAAAGCCGCUUGUAUGACCUCUGACGCGACCGGCCAUCAAAAGUAUAAGAAAAACGAAACGGAAUAUAGAUGUGUAUUUUAAUCCGAUUGAUUAUAUGUAAUAGACCAUGUCAAAAAGUUAUAUAUUUCAUCUGAUAAAAAGUAUGGUCACAAAAUUUCACAAGUUAAUGGAAAUAAAUAUUCGUUUGUCAUGUUGAUUACAUGUAUUUGUUAUGUUAAAUCUGCCUCCGAGUUCACAAAGCAUUCUCAGACUUAAGUUAAGAAUUUACUCAAAAUUGUUUGCUUUAUUUUAACUAAAAUAUAGCCCUUUAUAAAACUUUUGUUGUUUUAAUGUAUCAAAUACAUCAAUAAGAAACUAUGUGCAAAGUUUUGUGUUUCUGGAUCAAAGAUAUUUCUCAUAAACAGUGAUAACUGAGAAAGCUUUGUGAACUUGGGCCCUGGUAACUCCCAGAUAAACACAGGCCUAAAUGUAUUUAAAAUGAUUUAACUUUAUUGGGUAAAAAUAAUAGCCAUCUUAGGGCCAUAGUGGACUAGUAAGGAACUGGACUUUCAAUUAGAAAUUGCACAAGUUCUAAUCCAGGCAUGGGUUUUAAGAAGCUUCGAUGUUAUUCAGAGACCGAAAAUAGCACAUUUGAUGACCCAGUUCAAGGCUUUAUUUUUCACCUAAUCAGACUGACCUAAUUCCUUUAAUACAAUUCUGGUAAUGGCUAGCAUAUUUUAUGCAGGUUGUAUUUAAAUAUUUCUGAUCGACAAUAAAAGAUUUGUAUAUACAAGUUAAUCAUUCUGUUUACAUAUCUCUAAUAAAUGAUUGUGUAUAUGUAGUUUAAUGAUUGUAUGUAUCACUAGAAGUAGUUGACUGAGACUGAGAUAGGUAUGGAAACUAAAAUAGCAUCAAAAUAUUUCAUUUGUGGAGCAAUACAUGAUGUACACAUAUAAAACUCAUAAUGUAUAAAACCUAAAUACCAGUGGCCUGGUUCACGAAAUUUUAACUAAGAUAAAAUCCAAAUUUUAGUAAUUUUUUAGUGCUUGGCCAAUCAAAAUUGAAGUAUCUAUUAAAAUUUGGAUUUUAUCUUUAGUUAAGAUUUUGAGAAACAGGGCCCUGUAUAUUAUAUAAUGUAUAAAAACUAAAUACCUGUAUAUUAUAUAAUAUAUAAAACCUAAUACCUGUAUAUUAUAUAAUAUAUAAAACCUAAAUACCUGUUUAUUAUAUUUUAAGGUAAAUAUGAGUAAUAUUAUCUAUAUUGUAUCUCAGGGUUAGAAUAAUAUGAACAGCCAUCUUUAAAUUGUACUCAUUCAUCCAUUAUCUAUGCAUUUGUAAUACUCUCAUUAAUGAGCCCUGCCAUUUAAACAUAUUAUAUAACCUAAUAUAAGACACCAUCACUUGUAUUUAAGGCAUAUUACAGUAGAAUCUGUGUGAGCAGCCACUCCUAUUCAGCGACAUCUCCUUGUAAGCGGUCACAAUAAAUUCCCCCCCCAUAAAAAAUCUGUUGUUUCAUCUCUUUAUUCAACUGUCACUCCUCUGCCAGCAGACGCUAUUUUACUAAUAAAUUCAACAAAACAUCGCCCAUUCAACGGCCAUUGUUGAACGAUACCAUCUUGUCGUUCUUUGUAACACCCCCGCUAAUCCCGUGAGUAGUAGUUAAUUAACUGGACCCCAACUGAUCAGGUAAAAAGAAAUGUAAAAAUAAAAAACAAUCGACCUGGGAUUAUCUGUUAAUUAAUCUUUUGUUUUACUAAACGACUAGCCUGAUCAUUGUUUUCAUGCGUAACGACAAAUUAUUUGAUACUGAUUGAAUAAAAUAAAAGUACCGAGUUUUGUCACAAUCAUCUAGUAUCUCUUUUCCAUUGCCUCUUUGUUGUUAAACAGAAGUUUUAGCACCUCCUAUAAUAUUACAUACAGAGUUACACCCCCUGUAAAUAGGUGAUAAAAUCAGCGAUGGUUUUUUGUUCAUGUGCUUUUUUGAUAAAAUAAAAUUAAUUCAUUAUCGAAUGCAUCACAAUGGUAGACAGAAGUAUCGAAGGUUGGUACAAAAUGACAAGUUUACAGAAGUUAUGUCCAAGAUAGAUUUGAGUAAAGAAUUUUCGUUCGGCGCAAGAUUCAUCGACAGUCAAAUUUACCGAUGCAAGUAUUGAUGUUCGCUUCCAAUGCAUCCAAGCGUAAUAUUUAAUUUAUGUCAGCACAAAAAGCACCAAGAUUUUAUUAGAGGCCACUCCCGUUAAGCGGUCAGUUGUGAAAAUUCCCUUGGGUGGCUGUUUAAUGCAGAUUCUACUGUAAUUAUAUUUAACAUAGAAAGCUCUCACCAAUUUUGAUAUUAUUGGUAGUUAUUGUUAGACUUAUAUUAUAAUAUGAAAUUGUCUAAGAAUGAAAUUUUCAGAUUUUCGAUUUUUAAAAACAUUUAUUAUUUUUUAAUGAAUGGAAUGCUAGACUAAAAAAGGUACAUGUAAUCUGCAGAUGUGUGGAAUCAUAGCAAAUAUCUUACAUAAAAGAUACAGUUGACAUCGUUAUGAGUUGGUAAAAUUCAUGUUUCUACCGGGUAUGAGUAAUUUUAACAUAACAUUAUAAUUGUUCAAUCUGAUUAAAACAAAGAUCCUAUUUCAUUUCAUUUUUUAUAAUCCGUGUUCUGGAUGAUGUGAGGGAUAAACCAAUGAAACGGGCUGUUACGGUGAGUUCUUUGCAUUCGUUGCACAGAACUGUGGGUAUUCCAGUAGAAACAUCAAUGCUGAUUAGUUAAUCAAAAGUCUGUCACUUGUAUGCCCCCUGACACGACCUCCCACUACAACUGGUCAGAUCUUCAUGUAAUGCAGGCCAUCAAAAGUAUAAAAAACGAAAUGAAAUAUAGAUCUGUGUUUUAAUCAGAUUGAUAGUUAUUUUAAAUGUUGAUUUACUGUGAAAAGAAAAAGAUAUUAUUGGUGUGAAUAUUGUAAAAAGUGUAACCAAUUUCAAUCAUACAUUGAU